AUGUCGUCGUCGUCGUCGUCGUCGUCAGACAGUUGCAAUUCUCGCCACUUCUCGUGGCUCAUGAAAUCAUGUUUCCCAGACCCACGACCAAAUACAUCCCUCCAUUAUCAUCCUCCUCCACCGACCACCACCAUUUCUUCUCUACCCGACGACCUCUUGCUUGACCUCCUUUCUCGCCUGCUUCAAUCUUCCCUACCAUCUCUUUCCCAUGUCUGCCGUAGAUGGACACACUUAAUUAACUCGUGUGAAUUCUACGACCUCCGCCGCCGCCGUGGUCUUCUCCAUUUUGCCGUCUUUCUUGUCUCCUUUUCCGAUUCAGGGUUAUUCGUCGCCAAUUACAAAGUGGGUCACGACUGCCACUGGAGGACAACUUCUUUCUUGUCCAACUACGAUGACGUUGUUUCACCGGCGAGUUAUAGCGCUUUAUCUUCACACGCGCGGUUAGCUGCGAUUGGCCGCUGGAUCUUCAUCAUCGGAAAAACGGCGAUGCUCCGGUGUGACGCCUGGACUGGGGCGUUAACACCCAGAUCGAAAAUGUCGGUGUUGAGGAAGAAGUUUGCGGUUGCUGUUAUCGCCGGAAAAAUCUACGUCGCUGGUGGGUCUACUCGUACGGCGGCGGUGGAGGAAUACGACCCGAAGAGGAACGCGUGGCGCGUGGUGUGUCACGCGCCGAGGAUGCGGUACGGUUGUGUCGGUGCAGCCGUGGACGGAGUUUUUUAUGUGAUAGGUGGACUGAAGAUCGGCACCGCCGGUGGUACCGGUGCACACGUCUACGCCAGCUCCAUGGAUUUGUAUGAUGUGGAGGCACGUAGGUGGCUGAGAAGCCGAGCCGUUCCUGGUGGUGGAUGUGUGGUGGCGGCUUGUUCUUCCGGCGACCAUAUAUACAUUCUAGCUAGCCACGCGGUGGAGCUAUCGUUUUGGAGGUUCCAUGGCGGUAGAAAAAUUGAAAACCACCAUGUGAAUUUUGGAGAAUGGUGUCGACUGAAAAGUCCGCCCCUUCCGACACGAAUCCAGCUCGACGGCGGCUUGAGGUUCAGCUGUGUUGGUGUGGGGGCAAAGGUGGUGUUGAUACAAAUAAUGGGUUGUAUCGACGAUUUGUUACGGAGGGGGGGCCGGAGCGGCAGAGGUGUGAAAGAUGCGUUGGUGUUGGUUUAUGAUUCCGGGGGCGGAGAAUGGAGUAGAGGGGCGGACUUGCCGGAUGUUAUUCGACGCGCCGCCUGCGUUUGUGUGGAGUGGUAAUCAGUAGGAUGCGUAGAUUGGAAGUUUUCAAGGGAAUCUGUUGACAAAUUUACCCAUUACUAUUUUGACUAUUGGCAUCUCGUAUCUUGUGAUGUUUGGAUGGAAAUGGAAGGCAUUCAAAACAUGUGGGUUACAUGUAAGGGUAUUAUGGUCAUUUAGAUUU